UCUGCUUUGCAUUCUGAUUUCCAUUUUGGAUUAUUGUUGGUGGGGAUUUCUUUGGAGUAGCAUGGCGCGGGUCCUUUGUCGGCAUUUAUCUUGUAUGUGCAUGAGGUUUGCCCCAUGGAGGAGAAUUUAAAGAGGAGCAGAGUUAUCCUCCACGUUGAUUUGGAUGCAUUUUAUUGUCAGGUGGAACAUGUGCGGCUGGGCAUACCCAUUGAUGUGCCAUUGUGCGUACAACAAUGGCAGGGAUUGAUUGCGGUCAAUUACGCUGCUCGUGCUGCGGGUAUCAAACGGCAUUGUACUGUCGGGGAAGCCGCAAAAAUGUGUCCUGAUGUCAAGUUGGUCCAUGUUGCAACCUAUGCAAAUGGAGAGGCAGAGCCAAAAUAUCAUACUGAGAAUGUAACAGCCAAGACGCACAAGGUGUCUCUAGAGCCGUAUCGACGCGCAAGCAGAAAUGUGAUGGCUAUAUUUAAGCGCUUCUGCCCCAAAUUCCAGCGAGCAUCCAUAGAUGAAGCAUACCUGGACGUUACCGACAUGGUCAAUACCCGCAUUGCGUCUUUGGCGCACAUACCCCAAGACAACCAAGGAGAACCGAUUGUGCAAUGGGAUGGUGCUGGGAUUCUAGUUGGUGAAGAAUUAUCGGAGUCAAGGGGAUGGCGAGAUUUGCAACUCCGAUUGGCUGCUGACAUUAGUCAAGAGAUUCGUGAUACGGUUUACAAAGAGUUAAACUACACUUGCUCUACAGGCAUUGCCCAUAACAAGACACUCGCCAAACUUUGUUCUGGCAUGAAUAAACCAAACAAACAGACGAUCAUGCGCGAGAGCCAGGUGUUGAAAUAUAUGGAGACACUACCAAUGUCAAAGAUUCGGUUUCUGGGAGGUAAACUUGGUGCAGAAGUGGAAUCCGAAUUGCAAGUAGAGAUGGCCGGUGAUUUGUGGAAAUUCUCUUUGGACGCACUCAAAACCAAAUUUGGGGACGCAACAGGUGUCUGGUUGCAUAACAUCUGUCGCGGAAUAUGCAAUGAAGCAGUGCAAGAGAACAGUGUUAACAAGUCAAUGGGUGCUUGCAAAAAUUUGAGACCUUCCAUUACGAACGAUGAUCAAGCACGACAUUGGUUGGGAAUCUUGUCUAGCGAGUUGUUUACACGGUUACAGGAUGAUUAUGAGAUGAAUCAAAGGUGGCCAAAGACCUUGGCGCUUCACUCCAAAGUCGAUAUGUUUGCAGGCGGGAGACGAUCAAAAUCUGCACUCAUGCCGCCGCGUCAUCAUGUUUCUUCACCCGACGACAUUCUCGCCAAAGCAUGGACGUUAUUUCGAGGCGAGCGCAUGUAUCCCUGUUCGUCAAUUGCCUUGACUGUAUCUGGAUUUGUCCAGGAAGAGACUGGGAGUGAGGUUUUGACAAAAUGGUUUGGAAAGGCGUCAGCGACUGGCUCUGCUUUGGGUGAUGGUGGUGGACAUGCAACUGCUGCAUCGCAUGCUGAGCCCACUCCAACAUCGCCGCCCCCAGAACCACACGGAUCCACGGGACGUCCCUUGGACGUUUUUGCAACUCCACAACCACCGGGGACAGUCGCGUGUCCUAAAUGUAGUAAAGCGAUUGGUCAAGACGAGAAAUCACAAGCAGAGCACGCUGAUUACCAUUUUGCGUUGGAUCUCCAACGAGCGGACCGUGAAGGAAAUGUCCAACGAAAUGAGACGGGCCAGAAUAGUCAAGGGAGUGUGGGUAUAAAGAGAAAGCAGAACACUAGUAAUGGUGGAAAGAGCAAAAAAGGUAAACUGACUAGCUUUUUUGACAAAGCUGGAACCAAGUAGUAGUAAAUAAAAGGCUUUUCAGUACGUGCGAAAAAUGGUGGGAGUUCAGCCAAGAUGCGUUUUCUGUUGAUUAUUUUCUAGCAAUGUAUGAACCAACAAGUAAUUCCUAUAUAGCAAAAAAAAUGCAAAAACCCUA